GAUCUUGUAAAUAUUUACAAGACAUUUCAUGAAUCUAUAGAUCAGUAUGUUGCAAUGUUUUACACGAUUGCAAUGCUCAGAGUUGUUGAAGUACUGCAUCGAUGUGAUAUUAUACAUGGAGAUGUAAAGCCUGAUAACUUUCUUCUUCAAGAUAUAAAUGAUGUCGGUAAAUUCCGAAAAUGCUACACUUCACUCAAGUUAAUCGACUUCGGAUGUGGUAUAGAUCGACGAUUAUUUCCGGUUGGCACACAAUUUAAAUCACUAUUCGCGACGAAAGAAUUUCAGUGCAUAGAGGAAAAGACAGAUAUGCCUUGGACAGUACAGAUUGAUUUGUAUGGACUACUUGGAACAAUUCACUGCCUAAUUUUUCAAGAUUAUAUGAAAGUAUAUAAAAAUAAAGAUGGAAUGUGGCAAAUAACUAAGGCAUUCAAACGGUAUUAUAUCAAAACCCUCUGGGAGGAUUUAUUUAUAACGUUGCUUAAUGCUGCUCCCAGCCAGGCCUUACAAAAACUUGCCGAGAUUAGGACUAGA